AUGGCAGAACACUCCAGGGCGUCAGCGGCGACCGCCCCGUGUGUGUACGGGCCUCCCGUGACGGUCCAGCCCGGCCGGCUGCGGACGCAGGCACGGAGAGACGUGCUAGUGAACGGUUCCGCUGUGGAUGCCGCCAUCGCGACGCUCCUCUGUCUGGGGGUGGUGCAUCCCCAGUCCCUGGGGCUCGGAGGGGGUUUUCUGAUGACCGUAUACAACAAGUCUACAGGCACGUCACAAGUCAUCGACGCGCGUGAAACUGCUCCUUUGGCAGCCUCGGAAGACAUGUUUGCAGAGAACCCGGAACUAUAUACAAUGGGAGGAAUCUCAGUCGCCGUGCCAGGUGAGAUCCGGGGUCUGUGGGAGGCUCACCAGAGGUACGGGCAGCUGCCGUGGAGUGACCUGUUCCGCCCCGCCAUCCGCCUGGCAGAGGAGGGGACCUGCGUGGGCACACAUCUUGCCAGAGCCCUCAGGACAAGGAAAGACGUCGUCCUGGACAGGAAGAACGGCCUAUGUGACGUGUUCUGUGACGAGGACGGCGCCAUGGUGCGUGAAAACAUGACCGUCAAGAGGCCACAGCUUGCCAAAACGCUCCUAGCGGUUGCUACUGGUGGUGCAGAUGCCUUCUACACAGGCGAGAUUGCAAAGAAUUUGGUGAAGGACAUCCGGGAACAAGGCGGCAUCAUAUCUGAACAGGACCUACUGAACUACCGGGCGGAAUACACGAAGAAGAUGGCAUCCAAAGAGUUCGCGGACGAACUCCGCCGCAAGAUCGACGACACCAGGAUGUUCGACAUCUCUCACUACGGUCCGGCUGUCGCCUUUCCAGACGUCGGCGGGACGUCUCAUGUGUCUGUCCUGGGGCCAAACGGAGAUGCCGUAUCGGCUACCAGCUCCAUCGGACGCUAUUUCGGCGCGAGAUUCCGGUCUCCCUCCACAGGCGUCAUCCCCAACAGCCACAUGGAACUCUUCACUAAGCGGAAUUCAGACGGAACGCGAGGACGUUCUUGGAGUCCAGGCCGUGAGUUGCAGCCGGGUAAGCGGGGUAUGACGGCCUUGAGUCCCACGAUCGUGUUGGACCGUAGCGGUGACGUCAGACUGGUGAUCGGAGGCUCUGGAGGGGUGAGGAUCGCAACCGCAUUGACAGAUGUAAGUGCUCUUGAUUUCACGUAA